AUGACGGUAAAUUUAGACUCACAGUUCGAAGAAGGAGCUUCAAAUGGUCAUGUUGAAAAUGAAGAAGAAGAAGAAGAAGAAGAGGGAGAGGAGGAAGAUGAUAAUGGAGAUAUUAUACGAAAUAAAAAAAAACGUCUCAAAGAACAUAUACCCUACCAUGAUAUGGCAGAUGUCAAAGACAAAUUUGAAAAAGGUAUAGAAGAGAAACCUAAAGCUGAAAAACGUCUUGAUGUCCGUGUACAAAGUGGUAUGGCAUCAACAAAGAAACAACAGUUUGAACAUGGUGAAUUUGAACAAGAAAUUGAACCAAAACCCUCAAAAACUACUGUAGACGUUGAACUGUUAUCUGGAGCAGCCAGUGAAAGACGAACGAAAUUUGAACGCGGUGAAUUCGAACAAGAGGUUGAAUCACAUAUUUCGAAAGUCGUUGUUGAUACCGAUCUAUUGUCAGGAGCGGCAAGUGAAAGACGAGAACGAUUUGAAAAAGGUGAAUUGGAAAAUCGAAUUGAAAAAACAACUACCAUCGACAUACCCUUCCAAUCGGGUGCGGCAAGCGAACGAAAAGCAAAAUUUGAAAAAGGAGAAUUUGAACAAGAAAUUGAACCACAUGUGGCAAAAGUAAAAGUGGAUGUCGAUCUAUUAUCGGGUGCGGCAAGUGAAAAGAAGGCAAAAUUUGAACGUGGUGAGUUUGAUGAUCAUGAACAUGUACAAAAACACCAAGUUGAACCAGUACCAUCUGGACUAGCCACAGAAAAGAAACAAAAGUUUGAAAGUGGUCAAGUUGAUAAUGAUGUAACAUUAGUAAAUCAACGUGAAAAUCUGGCUCAAGCCACUAUUGAACCCGGUAAUGCUCAAGCGAAACGUGAAGAAUUUAUGUCAAAGAUAACGUCGGACACUGCACAACAGCGUACGGGCGAUAAAUAUAUUGAUAUGAAUACCUUAGAGCAAGGUUCAGCCACAUCGAAAAGGAAAGGAUUUGAAUCGUUAGCCACGUCAGAAUUCAAAGCGACAGAUAAAACAAAAGUUGAAGUUGAACCCGGUUUUGCCAGUAAUCUUAAAGAACAGUAUUUAUCAACAGUGACAUCUGAUUCAACAUCAGCGAAAGAUAAAGAUCAACAAUUAACACCACAAGCGGUUGUAGCCAGUGGACUAGCCAAAGAACGAGCAAAUGUAUUUGAAAAUCCAGACGACACGGCGGUAAAACGAACAGUUGAAAUUGACAAUGAUUUAGCGUCAAGUGGUGUGGCUAAAGAACGUGUGGCAAUGUUUAAAAAUUUAGAAAGUGGUACAAGUGGAAAACGUGGUAAUUCACCACCAUCAACUGGUGAUUCAAAAUUGAGAGUGGAUAAUAUAGAUUUUUCGGAUAAAUUAAUUAACAUGAGCAUUAGACUAAAAAUUAAGGAUCACAAUGCAAAAGCGGCUUCAGCUGCUGCGGGUGAGGUAUCCGAGUUACCCAAUAAUAAAACAUAA